UCUGGGGAAAGGGGGCUGGAGGGUGGGGGAAAUCACUUUUGUAGAAACUCCAUCUAAAGAAGGAAGAAAAGAGACCCAUUGAGGACGCCGCUCUGAGCCGACCAGGGACCGGAGAUGUUGGACACCAUCGUCCCUCCCCUGGUGGACCUGAGCAGGCAGGUGCUGCCCACGCUGCCCUCGCUGAGCCAGGAGGAAGUCUCUGCUAUCUGGGGGAAUGUGUCAGAGUUUGUGGAACGACAACUAUCCCUACACAAGGGGGUGCAGAUUCCAGGACUUGGAACUUUCACUUUCAUGAGACAAAAACUUGAGGUGGGGAACAACAAGUUUAUUCUAACGCAGAGGCCCAUGUUUGUCAUGGUGGAGAAGCUGGUUCAGCUCCACGGACUCAGACAGAGCAAAGUAUAUACUCCUGGUGAUAUCCCAAUUGUUUCACUUAAUUUUGUCAUGAUAUCCCUGGAGGGUCCAUUUAACAGGGACACAGUGGAAGGAUGUGUGAAGGAGACAUUGCUUUUUUUAUCACGAUCUAUUUCCAUCAAAAAAAAUGUGGAGUUUACAUUCAAAGGAAUUGGAGUCCUCAUAAUAAGAGACGGCAAAGUGAAGAUGAGAUUUUAUAAGGACUUCCUUUGUUCAAUGGAUGGAAGUGGGGCUUUGGCGAAAGCCCUAGCAAAUAGGCCGGGCACUGUGGACUCGGUGCUGUCCAGCACGGAGACCCUGGGGAGGCGGCCCAACAGCGUGCUUGCGUUUCCAAGCAUUGACUUCAAGGAGAUGGACAACAAGCCACCUAUGGAGACCAUUCUGGAAGAAGGGGGAAAGAACAGACAAAGGAAGAGCCAAUUAAAAGACCAGUCAGACAAGGAAGGUGGCGUCAGAGAGGUCUUCUCACCCAAGAGACUUCAAGAUAGGCAAGCUAACUCUCCCGCCAAAGUGUCAAGUGUCAGCUUGCUGAACAAGUUGGAACGGAGUGGGAGUGGUGGGAAAAAUAUGAACCCUAAAAGCUUAUCAUCUCCAGGUUGUCUGAAAAGUGAUGAUGAAAUAAAGCCUAAAAUUUCUCCAACCCCUGCUUGCCAGGAUCAUAACAGGGCAGGACAGGAAAUGUGUUAUGUAUGUUUGCAACGAGCGCAGCGCAAUUCCCCAUUGUACUACAGUGAGGAAAGGCGGAAGAGAGAGGCAGAGGAUGAGCAACUCAUACAGCAGUACCAGAUGCUGAAGGACCAAGAGGCUUUCUUCAAAUACCAGAUGAGAAGUCUGGCUAGUAGAGAACAGAAUAAAAAAAAUGCUGCCUAUAACCUUGGAGUUGCUGAAGCUGUGAGGGUCCACAAGAAUGAGAAACCUGCAUUUUAUAAAUCCUUCCUAUUUGUUAAACGGCCACUGAGUCCUGAGGUUAAUGCUUGCAAGCAAGAAGAGUAUUCCCAUAGUCUCUUGCAACAAAUGGAGAACAGACGGGAAAAGGAAAUAAAGCAAAGACAAAACAGAGAGUUGAUGGACCGCCUGGAACAAGUGCAGCUCACAGAGGAACUCGCUGCACAAAGAGCCAAAUAUAUAAGAGACAAGAUGGAAGAAACCAAGUGUUACAAGAGAGCUUUGGAUGUACAGAUAAAGAACAAACGCCCGCAGCUGCCCAUGUUUGAGCCAGACUCUUCCGAGCCCAUCUUUGGCAAGGAUGAGGGCGAGCUGGUGGUAGAAAAGCGACAGCAAGAGCAGGACUGCAUGAAGCACCAGCUGGAGGCAGCUGCUAGCCGCAAGAGGAGAGCCAUCCUGUACCAGCUGGUGGACCAGAAGUGGGAUUUGCAGAUGCUUCAUAGGACACGCAAAGAGCACUUGGCAGACAGACGUGCUGAGCUGGAGCGAGUGAACCGAAUCAACCGAAGCUUACUGGAGGACUGGGAAAGGAGUGCCACAGCGAAGAGGCAGCGGGACCUGGAGGAGAAGGCUUUCGAGCGGGCCUCAGACAAGCUCUUCCUCCUGGACCAGUGUGAGAAUUACCGGCGCUGCCGGCAGUGCCAGAGGCGCACCUCCAACGUGGGCGAGAGCAGCCUGUGGCCCCUGAACAAGUACAUGCACGGCUCCCGCCUGUUCGUGUAAAAUGCAAAGUCUGGACCUGUGUUUCCUGGGGAAAGUUUGUAUUGCUUAAAUGUUUGGGGCUGAUGAUGGAACUGCGUAUUUGUACUUUAGAGGAAGAAAAUUGUGGUGCGGUUUUGGUGCUUUCAGGAGUAGGCUGCUUUUUAACCCCUUAUUAAAGUCGUGCAAGUCAGGUGCUUCUUCCCACCUGACUUCUUCCCACCCACGCGGGAGCACUGCUGCCAUCAGGGCUGGGAGCGGGACUCAGCUUCAUUCUGGCUGUGACUCAGCCCUGCCACUCCCUAUGUGACGGUGUAUCUUUUCUUCAUCUAUAAUGAAUAGUGUCACAAUAAAUAUUUUUGACGUGC